AUGUCGUCAGAAAAAACCUCUGUAUUAGCUUUAAAAUGCGCUAGAUUAAAGCUAAGACCAAACAAUGUUCCUGAUGAGCUACCUGGUCGCGAAAGCGAGUACAAGCGAAUCUAUGGAAAAGUUAGAUCUGCGAUUGAACAAUUUUCAGGAUGUUGUAUUUGCGUAUCAGGUCAAGCUGGAACCGGUAAAACGGCAACUGUAGAAUGUGUCAUGGAUAAUUUAAAGAAGGAAGUUAGCGAAGUUAGCGAAAUGUCGUUCCAUCUUGUUAAAAUCAAUGGAAUGGAAUUAAAUUCACCUGAAGAAUUGUAUACUAUAUUAUGGAAACAAUUAACUGGUGUUAUUGUAAAUAGUUCCGAUGCUAAAAAAUUAUUAGAUGCAAGAUUUAAGGCUAAAUCUGAACCAGUAUUCUUAUGUUAG